GGGAAACUAAGCACCAUUUACUUAUACCACAUCGGACCAUCUGACAUCCUCCUAAGACAAUACCAGUAAUGUCAAAAUGCCCAAGCUUCUGUUUUCCAAGAUUCGGUUUAGUGAUAUAAAGGAUUUAUUACCAAAUGUACAGCGGCCAAAAAGGAUUGAUAUUGUUCUAAGUCGGAGGAUGAGAAACAACAACAUAUGGCGGUUUGGUCAAAAUUUAGAUGAUGAGACAUGUCCUUCAAACCUCCACUGGAAGACUGACCAUAAACUUGACCUGUCUCUGGAAAAAUUACUAAGAGAUAAAAAGUUCAGAGCACCUUUCCGCUCUUUCCUGGAAUCUGAGUUCAGUGAGGAAAACCUUGAUUUCUGGCUCGCAUGCGAAGAUUAUAGGUCAACUUCAGACAUCCUGAAAUGGAGAGCUGAGAAGAUCUACGAGGAGUUCAUCAGACCUACAGCGCACAGAGAGAUCAAUGUAGACCACUGCAUCAGAGAGAAGAUCCAGGAGUCACUGAAGAAACCAAGUCGACGCUGCUUUGAUGAGGCCCAAAAACAUGUUUACCUGCUGAUGCUAAGAGACUCUUGUCCCAGAUUCCUUCACUCAGAUGCUUACCUGAGUCUAAAGUGCAAAUCUAGGACUCAGUGGUAUAUUUAGGAAAAAACAUGCUGCUGUUACUGUUUAGGGGAAAACAUUUAUUAUUUGACUCACACUAUAUGUAACCAAAAAUGUUUUAUGUUAACAUUGUAAAGUUAUUGAAAGCAACCGCUGAAAGAGAGAGGAGGUAUGUGAUGGUGACGUGCAUCGAAGGAAGACAACGCUGUACAUGCUUAUGCUUGUAGACUUGUUCAGGGUUGCCCUAAAAUCUACCUGGGCUUUUGGCAAGUCUAAGUAUGUUGGAGGGAUUAUGGAGAACAAAAGGACAACUGAUAUGUAAACAGUACAAUGAUAUGCGCUUUUUACCUAAAGAGGAAUUGGUUUCUUUUUUAAGUUAUUUGUUAAUGUUGAUUUUUUUUUUUUUUUGUGCCCAGACUUUUUAAACCACUGCAGAGAUUGGGACUUGAUUCUGCUAACUUAGAGUCAAAUUGCAUAAAGUCGUAAAAACACAUA